GGGCACCGGCGCUGCGCAGCCUAACUUGCUAACCGGCGAUGCGCGCGCAGCCCACUGGAGCGGCCCUCCAGCCAAUGAGAAGCUUCGACGUCACGACGCAGCCUCCCGCGCAUGCGCACGUGGAGCCGCGGCGGGGCGGAGCGAGUUCGGUUGCGCCAACACCGGUACAUAGGCGCGGGCCGGCGUGUCCUUGGGCUUAAAGAGCGGGACGGCGGACUUGCGAGCUGGUGUCUUUGGCUCCCGUGCGGCGACUGCGAGCGAGAUUCUAAGAUGGGUGAUAUUGAGAAGGGCAAAAAGAUUUUUGUCCAGAAGUGUGCUCAGUGCCAUACCGUGGAGAAGGGAGGCAAACACAAGACUGGGCCCAAUCUCCAUGGUCUGUUUGGGCGGAAGACGGGUCAGGCACCUGGAUUCUCUUAUACUGAUGCUAACAAGAACAAAGGCAUCACCUGGGGAGAGGACACGCUGAUGGAGUAUUUGGAGAACCCCAAGAAGUACAUCCCGGGAACAAAAAUGAUCUUCGCUGGCAUUAAGAAGAAGACCGAGAGGGCAGAGUUGAUAGCUUACCUCAAAAAGGCUACUAAGGAGUAAUAGUUGGCACCGCCUUAUUUAUUACAAAAAUAUCUCAUGACUUUUUUAUGUGUACCAUAUUUAAUUCCAUCUCGUUCAUCAGAAUUCAGAUCAUGAGUGGCUGGUGUAGCGUUUUUGGUUUUUUUUUGUUGGACGGCCCUGAUUUAAAUAAGAUUGGCUUGUGUUUAAAUGACUUAUCAGCUUUUUGAAUUUUGAUAAUUCCAGGUCAGCAAGUGAAAAUCACUUUGCUCCUUCUAAAGAUAUGAUUGAACUUAAUUGGUCAUAGUCACCUUUCCAAGAGAUGGGGUUGCCAUUUACAUACCUGUGGGAGAAUAGUUUUCUAUAACUGGCUAGGUUAAUUUACCUAAAGAUUAAGGAAAUCAUUGUCUUCUAGAGCAGGAAGACUUACAGUUUUAGAUUGUGUUCAAUCACUUAGUAAAGGAAAAAACAGGAUAAGAUGACAGUGACCCUUAAAUCUUUUUGUUCUUAAUUAUGCCAACUUAAUUAAAAAUUCCCUAUAUCUAAAAUGUUUUCUUUCACUUAAAGACAAGUGUUUUAGUGUGAUAUAUGUAUAGUAUCAAACAAAAAUACCUAACACUUCUCAUCUUUUAAAUGAUCUUAAAGACAGAUGCUUUUAAAUUUUAGGCUGGCAAGUUAGAGUAAAAUUUUGUUUAUAAGUUCUUUCCUGAAGUCAGA